GGCCCGCGGCGGGCCUGCCCUGCGGAGGACGGCUCCCGCCGCCGCGCGCGCCGCGGAGCCCCGCACACAAUAGCGGCGUGCGCAACCCCGCGCCCUUCCCCCGCCCGCGCGCGCCCCCCACCCCCCGCCGCCGCCGCCGCCGCUGCCGCCGCCGAGCCUCCCGCCUCACCUGCGGCCCCGGGGGGCGGGCAUUGUUCGCCGCCGCAGCCGCGGAGCCAUGGGAGCCACCGGGCUCCCAGGGACGGGCCCGGUGAGAACGUCGCGCCGUCGUUGAGCCGGGCUCCGGGCUCCGGCGCGCAGCUCCGCGGCGCAGGUGAGCCGGCCGCGCCAUGGUGGACUCAGUGGGCUUCGCCGAGGCGUGGAGGGCGCAGUUCCCGGACUCGGAGCCUCCGCGCAUGGAGCUGCGCUCGGUGGGUGACAUCGAGCAGGAGCUGGAGCGCUGCAAGGCCUCCAUUAGGCGCUUGGAGCAGGAGGUGAACCAGGAGCGCUUCCGCAUGAUCUACCUGCAGACGCUGCUGGCCAAGGAGAAGAAAAGCUACGAUCGGCAGCGCUGGGGUUUCCGCCGCGCAGCGCAGCCCCCGGACGGCGCCGCCGAGCCCCGAGCGUCCGGCCCGCGCCCGCCACCCGUGCCCGCCGACGGCGCAGACCCGGCGCCCGUCGUCGAGGAGUCCGAGGCGCGGCCGGACGGAGAGGGGUCACCGAGUAAGGGACGGCCGGCGUCCGCCCGCAGGCCAGCGGCUGCUGCGCCGGCGGAUCGCGAUGACCGAGGACCCCCCACAAGCGUGGCGGCUCUCAGAUCCAACUUCGAGAAGAUCCGCAAGGGACCUGCCCAGCCCGGCUCUGCCGACGCCGAGAAGCCCUUCUAUGUGAACGUCGAGUUCCACCACGAGCGAGGCCUGGUGAAGGUCAACGACAAAGAGGUGUCCGAUCGAAUCAGUUCCCUGGGCAGCCAGGCCAUGCAAAUGGAGCGCAAGAAGUCCCAGCAGAGCGCCGGGCAGGGCUUGGGAGAAACACCCAGACCGUAUUACCGUGGGCGCUGCUCGGAGAGCAGCUGCGGCCUCGACGGUGACUAUGAGGAUGCAGAGCUGAAUCCCCGCUUCCUGAAGGACAACCUAAUCAAUGCCAACGGGGGCAGCAGGCCCCCUUGGCCGCCCCUGGAGUACCAACCGUACCAGAGCAUCUACGUCGGUGGUAUGAUGGUGGAAGGGGAAGGCAAGAGUCCUCUCCUGCGAAGCCAGAGCACUUCAGAGCAGGAGAAGCGCCUCACCUGGCCCCGCAGGUCCUACUCGCCUCGGAGUUUUGAGGACAGCGGAGGUGGCUACACCCCGGACUGCAGCUCCAAUGAGAACCUCACCUCCAGCGAGGAGGACUUUUCCUCUGGCCAGUCCAGCCGCGUGUCACCAAGUCCCACCACCUACCGCAUGUUCCGGGACAAGAGCCGCUCACCCUCGCAGAAUUCACAGCAGUCCUUUGACAGCAGCAGCCCCCCGACGCCACAGUGCCAGAAGCGGCACCGGCAGUGCCAGGUUGUGGUGUCUGAGGCUACCAUCGUGGGUGUCCGCAAGACCGGGCAGAUCUGGCCCAGUGAUGGGGACAGCACCUUUCAGGGGGAAGCAGAUUCCUCCUUUGGAACACCACCUGGCUAUGGCUGUGCCGCAGACCAGGCUGAGGAACAGCGCCGGCACCAGGACGGGCUGCCCUACAUCGAUGAUUCACCUUCUUCCUCGCCACACCUCAGCAGCAAAGGCAGAGGCAGCCUGGCCUCAGGCGCCCUGGAGCCCACCAAAGUGAGUGAGUUGGAUUUGGAAAAGGGCUUGGAGAUGAGAAAGUGGGUUUUGUCCGGAAUCCUGGCCAGCGAGGAGACGUACCUGAGCCAUCUGGAGGCCCUGCUGCUGCCCAUGAAGCCUCUGAAAGCCGCUGCCACCACCUCUCAGCCUGUGCUGACCAGCCAGCAGAUUGAGACCAUUUUCUUCAAAGUGCCUGAGCUCUACGAGAUCCACAAGGAGUUCUACGAUGGGCUGUUUCCCCGAGUGCAGCAGUGGAGCCACCAGCAGCGUGUGGGUGACCUCUUCCAGAAGCUGGCCAGCCAGCUGGGCGUCUACCGAGCCUUCGUGGAUAACUACGGAGUGGCCAUGGAAACGGCAGAAAAGUGCUGUCAGGCCAACGCUCAGUUUGCAGAAAUCUCUGAGAACCUGCGAGCCAGAGGCAACAAGGACGUCAAGGACCCGACGACCAAGAACUCUUUGGAAACUCUGCUCUACAAGCCUGUGGACCGGGUGACGAGGAGCACGCUCGUCCUUCACGACUUGCUAAAGCACACGCCGUCCAGCCACCCCGACCAUUCCCUGCUACAAGACGCCCUCCGCAUCUCUCAGAACUUUCUGUCCAGCAUUAACGAGGAGAUCACGCCCCGCCGGCAGUCCAUGACGGUGAAAAAAGGAGAGCACCGGCAGCUGCUGAAGGACAGCUUCAUGGUGGAGCUGGUGGAGGGGGCCCGCAAGCUGCGCCACAUCUUCCUGUUCACGGACCUGCUCCUCUGCACCAAGCUGAAGAAGCAGAGUGGAGGCAAAACCCAGCAAUAUGACUGUAAAUGGUACAUUCCGCUCACGGACCUCAGCUUCCAGAUGGUGGACGAAUUGGAGGCACUACCCAACAUCCCUCUGGUGCCAGAUGAGGAACUGGAUGCCUUGAAGAUCAAGAUCUCCCAAAUCAAGAGUGACAUCCAACGAGAGAAGAGAGCCAACAAGGGCAGCAAGGUCAUGGAGAGGCUGAGGAAGAAGCUGUCGGAGCAGGAGUCACUGCUGCUCUUAAUGUCCCCCAGCAUGGCCUUCCGGGUUCACAGUCGCAACGGCAAGAGUUACACAUUCCUUAUUUCCUCGGACUACGAGCGAGCGGAGUGGAGAGAGAGCAUCCGGGAGCAGCAGAAGAAAUGUUUCAAAAGUUUCUCUCUGACAUCUGUGGAGCUACAAAUGCUGACCAACUCAUGUGUAAAACUUCAGACUGUUCACCACAUUCCACUGACCAUCAACAAAGAAGAUGAUGAGUCUCCUGGACUCUACGGCUUCCUGCAUGUCAUUGUCCACUCGGCCACCGGGUUUAAGCAGAGCUCAAAUCUGUACUGCACCCUGGAGGUGGAUUCCUUUGGAUAUUUUGUGAAUAAAGCGAAGACUCGAGUCUACAGGGACACGACUGAGCCGAACUGGAAUGAGGAGUUUGAGAUAGAGCUAGAAGGCUCCCAGACCCUGCGGAUUCUAUGUUACGAAAAGUGUUACAACAAGAUGAAGAUGACGAAGGAGGAUGGCGAGAGCGCAGACAAGCUCAUGGGGAAAGGCCAGGUCCAGCUGGACCCCCAGACCCUACAGGACAGAGAGUGGCAGCGGGCUGUCAUCGACAUGAACGGGAUUGAAGUGAAACUCUCCGUCAAGUUCACCAGCAGGGAGUUCAGCCUGAAGAGAAUGCCCUCCCGCAAACAGACAGGGGUCUUCGGCGUCAAGAUUGCCGUGGUCACAAAGAGGGAGAGGUCCAAGGUACCCUACAUUGUGCGCCAGUGUGUGGAGGAGAUCGAGCGCCGUGGCCUGGAGGAAGUGGGCAUCUACCGAGUGUCUGGAGUGGCCACAGACAUCCAGGCACUGAAGGCGGCCUUUGACGUCAAUAACAAGGAUGUGUCGGUGAUGAUGAGCGAGAUGGACGUGAACGCCAUUGCCGGCACGCUGAAGCUCUACUUCCGGGAGCUGCCCGAGCCCCUCUUCACUGACGAGUUCUACCCUAACUUCGCAGAAGGCAUUGCUCUUUCAGACCCUGUCGCAAAGGAGAGCUGCAUGCUGAACCUGCUGCAGUCCCUCCCAGAGGCCAACCUGCUCACCUUCCUCUUCCUCCUGGACCACUUGAAAAGGGUAGCUGAAAAGGAGACGGUGAACAAGAUGUCCCUGCACAACCUUGCCACAGUCUUUGGCCCCACGCUGCUUCGGCCCUCAGAGAAGGAAAGCAAGCUCCCUGCCAACCCCAGCCAGCCCAUCACCAUGACUGACAGCUGGUCCCUGGAGGUCAUGUCCCAGGUCCAAGUGCUGCUGUACUUCCUGCAGCUGGAGGCCAUCCCUGCCCCCGACAGCAAGAGACAGAGCGUCCUGUUUUCCACUGAAGUCUAAAUAAUCCUCGCGUCAGUCAUCUCAUUAACGAGGCCUACAGAAUGACCUGGAAACAUGUGAUCAGAGAACCCACCCACGGAGUGGGAAGGAGACCCUUCCUGCGGUGUAAUUCAGCCAUUCCGAAGCUCUGGGCCCUCUGCCAAGAGACAAGUACCCAAAGCGAAAGGCCGAGGGGCCCACAGGAGUCCAGGUGUGUCCGACUGCAAGCCCCAGGAUGGCCCUAGACUGUACCUUUCCCUUGUUGCCACCAGAGGGCGCGCCAAGCCAGCCCAUCUGCAAGCCCGCGGACAAGGGAAAAAGAGGCGGAGAGGAGUGUGGUUUUUACGGAAUCUAAUUUAUCAGAGUUUUAAAAAAAAAAUAUCUACUGGAUCAUUUGUUCCAAUGUACCCUCUCUGGGGAAUAGGGAUACUGUCAGAUCCCUUACUAUUGUGUCUUGAAUAAACACUGCUGCUGCUUCAUA